AUGGGGUUUCAUUUCCCAGUCCCAACCCAUUUUGACCCAAAAAACUGGCCACUCAAGCUUGGCUUCCGUGGAUGGCGUCCCAAAAACUACGAUCUGCAGACAUGGGUUGAUCACUUGGCCCCUGUUCACCAAUCUACAUGGAAGAAAGCUGGUAUCUUUGAAGCCAUUUUGAACUCCACUUACAAAAUCAAAAGGAAAAAGGAUUUGGUUUGUGGGUUAGCUGAGAAAUGGUGUUGUGAGACCAACACCUUUGUAUUCCCUUGGGGUGAAGCAACUAUCACAUUGGAGGAUGUUUUGGUUUUGGGAGGCUUUUCUGUUUUGGGUGACUCUGUUUUCACUCCUCUUGAAAGGAAAGAGCUGAGAGAAGUAGAAGUCAAGCUCGAGAAAGAGCGGAUGGGACUUUACGAUUACUCUGCUGGGUGUAGGACUGUUAUCAUAAAGGCAUGGUUGGAGAAGUUCAUGAAGAGUGGGACUGAGUUGGAGCAUGAAGCUUUCCUUGUGUUUUGGCUGUCUAGGUAUGUUCUUCACAAUACUUCUAAUAACUCUGUCAAUAAGGCUGGUUUGUCCAUUGCGAUUCGAUUAGCUAGGGGGAUUCGAGUUGCGCUAGCACCUGCUGUUCUUGCCCACAUUUAUAAGGAUUUGAGUGUGCUGAAAAUGACAAUUGCUGCUUUAAGUGGGUUAAAGGAUAGGAAUGAAGUUGUAAAAUUUACAGUCAUGUCACCAUUUCAUUUAGUUCAGGUUUGGGCAUGGGAAAGGUUUGUGGAACUUAGGCCUGUAUCUAAUGUUGUAAGCUGUGCUGAGCCAAGAUCGGCUAGGUGGGAUAGAGUUGAAUGUCUGAAUGUGGGAAAUGUGAGGAAUGUUUUAGCCAAAGCAGACUUUGAAAUGGAAAAGUGGGUGUUGGUUGGUCCAGACCUGGAUGAUGGACAUAGACUAAUGUCAUUUGCCAUGUUUUUGAGUGUGGCUAAGUUAGUUGGAUUUGACCUGGAUGAUGGACAUAGACUAAUGGCAAGUGAUAUAUUCCACCCAAGGUUUUUGAGGGAGAUGCUAUGA